AUGUUGGUCAGCUUCUUAUUCUUGUCCCUUUGGGCUGCUCUGCAGGUCUUUGCGCUCCCAGUAUCAUCAAAUUCGUCAUGCUCGACCACUCAACCGGUGCACACUCGUCCUCGGGUCCUGAUCCUCACUGAUAUCGCCAAUGAACCGGAUGAUGCCGAAUCUCUUGUCCGUCUCUUGGUAUACUCCCACCAAUUCCGUCUCCAAGGAUUCGUUGCGACUACAAGCUACUGGCUCAAUUCCUCCACUCACGAGGAUCAGAUCAUCGACACCCUAAAGGUCUAUGGCGAUGUCCUGCCUAACCUCAAGGCUCAUGCCGAUGGCUGGCCCGAGGCCGACUUCUUGAUUAACAAUUCCAAAGCCGGUCUUCCCGUCUAUGGAAUGGACGGCGUGGGAGAAGGCAAAGACAAUGAUGGCAUGGAGUUGCUGAUCCGCACCGUUGACGCAUCGGAUGAAACACUCUGGGUGCCCUGCUGGGGAGGUACAGCGGUUCUGGCACAGGCACUGUGGAAGGUUAAUGCCACCAGGAGCGCGGAUGAGAUUGAAAAGUUCGUCCGCAAGCUGCGUGUAUACGCCGUCUCGGACCAAGAUAAUACAGGCCCCUGGAUUCGUCGCCAUUGGCCGCAGUUGUUCUACAUUGCUAGUGUCCACCAGUUCAAUAUAUAUGCUCUUGCAGCGUGGUCGGGCAUAUCCGGUGAAGAAUACUAUUAUUUCGAGCACACCGGCGCCAACACUUCCUCAGUUUCGAAGGAAUGGGUCAAAGAACAUAUCCAGGAUGUUGGGGAGUUGGGUGCACAGUACCCAAAAUUUGACUAUAUCCCGGAAGGCGAUACACCAACUUUUCUCUACCUCAUCCAGAACGGCCUCUCUUCCAUUGAACACCCAGAAUGGGGUUCUUGGGGCGGUCGUUACGGACCUGUAUGCUAUGGCGAAGGUCACUAUGCCGACACAGCAGACCUAAUUACCGGCCCCAACGGCAUCAAACGAUCCUCAUCGCAAGCCACCAUCUGGCGCUGGCGCUCAGCCUACCAAGCCGAUUUCGCAGCUCGCAUGCAAUGGUCGAACACGGACCGGUUCGAAGACGCCAACCAUGCCCCCGUGGCUGUUGUCAACCAGCAUUGCGGGUUGGCUCCGGUGGAGAUCACCAUGCGACCUAACCAGACGCUCCAGUUGAACGCCGGUGCCUCUUAUGACCCGGAUGGCAAUCAACUUUCGUUCAAGUGGUGGCAGUAUGUUGACCCGUCGGACACGGAGUGGCCCCCAUCCACCGAUGCUUUGUCAUUGAAGAUCCGGGGUUCGACAUCGCCGAAUCCAACUAUUACUCUUCCAUCGGAAAACACACUGUGGCAGGCCGGUGGAGCACGCGGAGACCGCUUGGAGAGAACGUUGCAUUUGAUUCUGGAAGUCAGCGACGGGGCCCUGGUUUCCUACAGACGGGUCUUGGUCAAGUUCAACAUUCCCCGUCCGGCAUAG